UGCAUCUUGAUACCAGUAAGAGAAUUUGCUGCGGAGUGCAUUUGGUUUCAGGAAUUUGAUUUCUUCUUCUGAGUAAUCUACAGCGUCUAUUAGGAAGUAAAUGCAACAGUAGUCAUUUUGAGUUCUCUUCCUUUUUUUCCCCAUUUCUUGAGUUUUUCAUUUGUGACAAUGGCAAUAAAUCACAGACUCAGAUUUCUUCUUUGCCUUCUCACCUUCAAAACAGGGUUCAGUGCUGAGAUUUCAGUAGUUGUACAAACAGGAAAUUAUGUUCAGUUGGAUAUACAGACACAAGAACUACCAAAGUUUGAUGAUUUAUCCUGGAAAAAUUAUCAAUCAAAGAAUAUACUUAAAUAUUUUUAUAAAACUAAAGAAGUAAUAUUUUACCCCUCCUACAAGGAUAGAGUGGAAUUCAAUAAUAAAACCUUCUCUCUAACACUGAAGAACAUGCAGAAGACAGACAGUGGACUCUACAGAGCAAUAGCAGCUGCAGAAACAGACAACAAUAUUGUUACAUACAGAGUAUCUGUUAUAGACACUGUGGAAGCUCCUGUCCUAACUGUGAACUCAAACUGGAUCAGUGGUAACUUCUGUACUGUGAACUUCACAUGCAGAACUCAAGAGCUCAUGAUUAACUCUAGCUAUCAGAACAACACAUGCUCUCCAGAGGAAGUGACAUCACACGAAAACUACACUCUCAUCCUGCACUGUGGUGAGGAACUAAUCAUCUGUAACCAUACCAACCCUGUCAGCUGGAAAGAAGACAGAAUAAACAUCACACAGCUCUGUGUUAAUAAAGAGAACGACUCAAACAAUAACCAGAGGGGGUCAUCUCUCCUGUGGUCAGUAGGUUUUACGGUGACAGCGUGCAUUUUUAUAUGUCUUUCAGUCUUUCUGUACUGCAAGUAUAAAAAAGGUGCUCAGGAGGAGGUAGUAGCAGAUAGUGCAGUUUAUGCUUCAGUUGAGGCUGAAGCCAAAACACAAAAGGAAAUGGGAGAUAAUCGACCCACCUCAGUCUACUGCACAGUAGGACAAUACCAAAAACCUACAGUCUCCCCUGACAACAGACCAUACAAUUUAUUCAGUGGUGUGCAAACCAAACCAGACACCAUUUCACCAGAUGACACUUAAAAUGAAACUGGCUAUGUGUCACAUGAGGAAGCUGUCACAAGACUCAUCUCAAAAUGGCACCCUUUGUUAUGUCUCAUGUUUUGUAUUCCUUGUGCUUUACUUUACCACUUUACUUUAUAUGUACAAUUAAUUUGCAUUUUGCCCUGUUUAUGUUUCCUGUUUCUUGUUUGUAGUAGCCUCCAUCACGUUACGGACUGUUACUAUUCUCUGCAAUAUCUUUAUAUGGUGUAAAAAAAAUAUUCUGUUCUGAUAUUUAACCAAAGUUGUUUGUCCAAUUAAGUUGUUUUCUCUAGCGUUGAUUAACAUCCAUCUGAGUGUUAACAUCCACAAUCAAACUGCUAAAUAUUUUUGUGUGAAUUCUUAUUUUUCAGUGAAUUCUUACUUUCAAUUUUGUUAUACAGAACUUAAAACAUCUAAAUAAAUAAAUAAAAUAACCCUGAGUGAGCAAUAGUAACUGAAGUGAAACACAGUGACAACUAACCCCAUAUGGCCAUACAUGAAUAUCAGUAGAUAAGUGCAAUAUUGACCUUACCUGUCGUGUUAUAUUUAAUAAGUAUGAAUUUGAAUUCUGGCAAGUAUGAAGCCAGACAUGCUAAUGCAGUAUGCAAAUCCAGUACAAACCAUUACUGUAAGUAUACAGUCUUUACUAGUCUUUUUAGUGCAUUUUGACUGAAAUCCACUAGAUAGUGACAUUUAAUACUACUUCUGGCCACAUGUUUCUUUCCAUUUAAACAUUUAUUUAUACAUUUAUUUAUACUUUGGCUGCUAUUAAGCCUCUUUGGCUGCUAUUAAGCCUCUAAUUAAAAAAACACAACUUGACCCCAACGAAUUAACUAAUUACAGACCUAUCUCGAAUCUCCCAUUUCUGUCAAAGAUAUUAGAAAAGGUUGUAUCCUCACAGUUAUCUUCCUUCCUACAGAAAUAUGAUAUCUGUGAGGAUUUUCAGUCAGGUUUUAGACCGUACCAUAGUACUGAGACUGCUCUUAUUAGAGUUACAAAUGAUCUACUCUUAUCAUCCGAUCGUGGUUGUAUCUCUCUGUUAGUGCUACUGGAUCUUAGUGCUGCGUUUGAUACUGUUGACCACAACAUUCUCUUGAAUAGACUUGAGAAUUAUGUUGGCAUUAGUGGUAGUGCAUUGGCAUGGUUCAAAUCGUAUCUAUCUGACCGCCAUCAAUUCGUGGCAGUAAAUGAUGAGGUAUCAUAUCGAUCUCAAGUGCAGUAUGGAGUACCACAAGGCUCAGUACUAGGGCCGUUACUCUUUACGCUUUACAUGUUACCCUUGGGUGAUAUCAUCAGGAAAUAUGGUGUUAGCUUUCACUGCUAUGCUGAUGAUACCCAGCUCUAUAUUUCUUCGCGGCCUGGCGAAACAUACCAAUUUGAAAAACUAAUGGAUUGUGUAGUUGAGUUAAAAAAUUGGAUGACAAGUAAUUUCUUACUGCUAAAUUCUGAAAAAACAGAGGUGUUAGUUAUUGGGCCUAAAAUCUCAGCGUGUAAUAACCUAAAACACUGUCUAAUACUUGAUGGCUGUUCUGUCAAUUCUUCGUCAUCAGUUAGGAACCUAGGUGUGCUAUUUGAUGGUAAUCUUUCCUUUGAAAACCACAUCUCUAGUAUUUGCAAAACUGCAUUUUUCCAUCUCAAAAAUAUAUCUAAACUACGACCUAUGCUAUCAAUGUCAAAUGCUGAAACAUUAAUUCAUGCGUUUAUGACCUCACGGUUAGAUUAUUGUAAUGCUUUAUUGGGUGGUUGUUCUGCUCGCUUAAUAAACAAACUCCAGCUGGUCCAAAAUGCAGCAGCUAGAGUUCUUACUAGAACCAAAAAGUAUGAUCAUAUUAGCCCGGUUCUGUCUACACUGCACUGGCUCCCUAUUAAACAUCGUAUAGAUUUUAAAAUCUUGCUAAUUACUUAUAAAGCCCUGAAUGGUUUAGCUCCCCAGUACCUGAGUGAGCUCUUAUCGCAUUAUAGUCCCUCACGUCCGCUGCGUUCUCAAAACUCUGGCAAUUUGAUAAUACCGAGAAUAUCAAAAUCAACCGCGGGCGGCAGAUCUUUUUCUUAUUUAGCGCCCAAACUCUGGAACAAUCUACCCUACAAUGUUCGGGACGCAGACACACUCUGUCAGUUUAAAUCUAGAUUAAAGACCCAUCUCUUUAACCUUGCUUACACAUAACAAAUCCACAUUCUUAUAAUUCAAAUCCGUUAAAGGAUUGUUAGGCUGCACUAAUUAGGUCAACCGGAACCGGGAACACUUCCCAUAACACCCGAUGUACUUGGUGCAUCGUCAGAAGAAUGGCAUCUACGCUAAUAUUAGUCUGUUUCUCUCUUAUUCCGAGGUCACAUUAACCACCAGAUCCAGUCCGUAUCCAGAUCAGAUGGUCACUGCAGUCCCCCGGGAUCCAGUCCGAACCCAGCCCAGACGGUGGAUCAGCACCUAGAGACGACCUCUACAGCCCUGAAUGUCAGCGGAGUCCACAUCAACUAGAUGAGCCCCAGAGACGGAUCCACAUUGAAGACCACAUCACCUAGACGGCUGUCGGCACAAGACCACGGGAACUUUGGCCAGAGGAGAACUGGCCCCCCGACUGAGCCUGGUUUCUCCCAAGGUUUUUUUCUCCAUUUGUCACCGAUGGAGUUUUGGUUCCUUGCCGCUGUCGCCUCUGGCUUGCUUAGUUGGGGACACUUUCUCUUAACACAAUAUUGCAUUUUAUUUUAUUGUUUUUGAUUAACUACCUUUACCUAUAAUGUGAGUGUUUAAUGUUGCCUUUGGCAUUGUUGAUGUACUGUUUCCUAUUUAAUACUGUACAGCCGCCUUGUCACAAUUCUGUAUUGUUAAAGGCGGUAUAUAAAUAAAGGUGACUUGACUUGACUUGACUUGACAU